UGCAAAAAAUAGCUUACGUCACAGUCAUUACUGGAUCUAUAAAAGCCAGUGUAAUGCAGAUUCACUGUGCAGUCAACCCAGCUACAUUCCUAGGCAUAGAGCAGGCCGUUUCUCAAGUCAUGACUUCCACCGGCAUUGGUCCUUACUUCCCUUCUACUAACAAGAGGAGGGUAGUUGUGCGCAGUGCAGGAUAUGGAGCUGGAGGAGGAAUAGGAUCUAGGUCUGCCUACUCCAGCCACGCUGCCCCAAUAGCUUCCUAUGCAUCUUUACGCAGAAGUUAUCCAACACACAACCGAGCCUUUUCCAGCUACUCCUCUGUGCUUUCUGCUCCAGUGUCUGCAGCUGUCACCGAGCUUCGCCUUGACCAAGCAGCCCAGGUUAGCUCUGAGUUCAAAGUACUUAGGACCCAGGAGAAGGCUGAGCUGCAGGACCUGAAUGACCGUUUUGUGAGCUUCAUUGAGAGGGUCCAUGAACUGGAACAGCAAAACAAGUUGUUGGAGACUCAACUUCUGCUGCUCAGGCAGAGGCACACGGAGCCAUCCAACCUUCGGGCCCUGUAUGAGCAUGAGAUCCGCCAGCUCCGUGCUGCUGUAGAUGAGGCCCACCAUGAGAAGCAAGCAGCCCAGGACCACAGGGAUGAGAUGGAGGACGUGUUUAGUAAGCUGCAAAAACGCUACGAGGACGAAGUGCUUGGCAGAGAGGAAUCAGAGGGCAGGCUCAUGGAUGCUAGAAAGGAAACAGAUGAGGCUACACUGGGCCAGGCUGAGCUGGAGAAAAGAGUUGGGACCCUGCUGGAUGAGCUGGCCUUCCUAAAGCGCCUUUGCGAGAGUGAGAUUGCAGAGCUGCAGGCCCAAAUACAGUACAGCGCAGAGAUGUCAGUGGAGAUGGAGGUCGCCAAACCUGACCUAUCUGCUGCUCUCCGUGACAUCCGUGUUCAGUAUGAGAAGGUGGCACAUCACAACCUUCAGUCCGCUGAGGAAUGGUUCUGCAACAAGGUGAAUGUGAUGACAGUGGGCACUUCUCGCAACACAGAGAGUGCACGUAAUGCCAAAGAUGAGGCUGGAGAAUACCGCCGGCUUCUCAAAGCUAGGAUGAUGGAAAUCGAUGCCGGUCGUGAGAUGAAUCAAGCUCUUGAAAACCAACUACAGGAUGUGGAGGAGAAACAGAGUGCUGAGAUCUCUGCAUUGCAGGAUACAAUAAGUCAACUGGAGGAAGAUUUGCGAGGAAACAAGAAUGACAUGGCUCGCUACUUGAAAGAUUAUCAGGACCUCUUGAACGUGAAGAUGGCCUUGGAUAUUGAGAUUGCAGCCUACAGGAACCUCCUUGAGGGAGAGGAGAACCGUCUAAAUGUGACUGGACCAGGGUCCUUCAAUGUUUACUCCCAAGCCAUGUACGCUGCUCCAUCCUACGGAAGAACAAAGUUCUCCGUGCAGUCUCAGCUGAGCUCUGCAGCUCCAUACCUGAUGAGCUCCCGCUUCUAUACUUCAUCACUCUCCACAGAGGAGACAAUAUCCGCAAGCCAAGCACAGCAGGCUGAGGCCAGCCCUCCUCACGAGGAGGAAGAGGAGGAGGAGGUAGAACAGGUGGAAGAGGAGGAGAAAGAGGAGGAAGCAGAGGAAGAGCAGAAAGAAGAGAAGGAGGAGGAAGCAGAGGAAGAUCAGGGAGAAGAGGGGGAUGAAGAGAAAGAGGAGGAGGAGGCGGAAGUAGAGGAGGAGGAAAAACAAGAAGAGGGAGAAGAAGCAGAUGGAGAAGGUUAGUGUGUUUAAUUUAUU